AUGGCCGGUGGUAGCAGUGCCGAGCAUCAGCUCCUCUCCAGGAUCGCCGCCGGCGAUGGCCACGGCGAGAACUCGUCCUACUUCGACGGGUGGAAGGCCUACGAAAUGAACCCUUUCGACCUGCGCCGCAACCGCGACGGCGUCAUCCAGAUGGGCCUCGCCGAGAACCAACUGUCGCUUGACCUGAUCGAGCAAUGGAUCAUGGAGCACCCGGAGGCGUCCAUCUGCACGGCGCAGGGCGCGUCGGAGUUCCGGAGGAUAGCAAACUACCAGGACUACCACGGCCUGAAGGAGUUCAGAGAGGCGAUGGCCAAGUUCAUGGGGCAGGUGAGGGGCGGGAAGGUGACGUUCGACCCCGACCGCGUCGUGAUGAGCGGAGGAGCCACCGGCGCGCAGGACACUCUGGCCUUCUGCCUCGCUGACCCAGGCGACGCCUACCUCGUGCCCACGCCAUACUACCCAGCUUUCGACCGUGACUGUUGCUGGAGGUCAGGCGUGAAGCUGCUGCCCAUCGAAUGCCACAGCGCAAACAACUUCACCCUCACACAGAAGGCCCUCGUGUCGGCAUACGACGACGCGCGGAGACAGGGCAUCCGCGUGAAGGGCAUCCUCGUCACCAACCCCUCCAACCCGCUGGGCACCAUCAUGGACCGCGCCACGCUGGCGAUGCUGGCCACGUUCGCCACGGAGCACCGUGUCCACCUCAUCUGCGACGAGAUCUACGCGGGCUCCGUCUUCGCCAAGCCGGACUUCGUGAGCAUCGCCGAGGUCAUCGAGCACGACGUCCCCGGAUGCAACAGGGAUCUCAUCCACAUCGCCUACAGCCUCUCCAAGGACUUCGGCCUCCCGGGGUUCCGCGUCGGCAUCGUCUACUCGUACAACGACGACGUCGUGGCCUGCGCGCGCAAGAUGUCCAGCUUCGGCCUCGUCUCCUCGCAGACGCAGCACUUCCUGGCGAAGAUGCUCUCCGACGCGGAGUUCAUGGCGCGCUUCCUCGCGGAGAGCGCGCGGCGGCUGGCGGCGCGCCACGACCGCUUCAUCGCGGGCCUCCGCGAGGUCGGCAUCACGUGCCUGCCCGGCAACGCGGGGCUCUUCUCGUGGAUGGACCUGCGGGGCAUGCUCCGGGACAAGACACACGACGCGGAGCUGGAGCUGUGGCGGGUCAUCAUCCACAAGGUGAAGCUCAACGUGUCGCCCGGCACGUCGUUCCACUGCAACGAGCCCGGCUGGUUCCGCGUCUGCCACGCCAACAUGGACGACGAGACCAUGGAGGUGGCGCUCGACCGGAUCCGCCGCUUCGUGCGCCAGCACCAGCAGAGCAAGGCCAAGGCCGAGCGCUGGGCAGCCACGCGGCCCCUGCGCCUCAGCUUGCCGCGCCGGGGAGGCGCCGCCGCUUCGCACCUCGCCAUCUCCAGCCCCUUGGCGUUGCUUUCGCCGCAGUCUCCGAUGGUCCACGCCAGCUAG